GAGCAACGAUGCUCGUCGCUAGCUGCUUCAGUUGGUCAUGUUAUCUCAUUUUGCAGGCAAAGAUCCUGAAGUCAUACCCAGCUGAGCUCUCCCUAGCAGCUCUUAUGUGCUUCACUGGAAUGGUGGAGGCCCAUAUAAUGGCCCUGGUAUGGGAGAGGAACAACACAUCAGUGUGGCAGGUUCACCCCGAUGUGAGACUGCUAGCUUUCGUAUACGGGGGAGUUGUCUCAGGGUUAGCGUACUACGUCAUCGGCUGGGUGGGGAAGGAGAGAGGGCCUGUCUUUGUUUGCGCGUUUAGUCCGCUAAACAUGGUCAUCGUCGCUGUUCUGAGCUCCUUCGUGUUCUCGGAAGCAAUGUACCUAGGAAGGGUAAUUGGAGCAGCGGUGAUUGUUCUCGGGAUAUACUUGGUCCUGUGGGGUAAGAGCAAGGACAACAAAGGACAACACCCAUCGGAUCUCCCAGAGACUUGAGUAGCGGUAGAGACACGAGUGCCGGAGCAGAAAGACGUGGGGAGGGAAAUGAAGCAGUUUGUGGUGUUUUUUAUUACAAUUUUCAAUAGAUUUUUUUUUUUAAAAUGGUUUUCCAACCAUUACGUCGGUUAUCAAAUUGGCUGCAUGUAUUAAUGGUGGAUUUGGUCUUUUUGGGUCUGCAAUUUUGUGGAAAACCGAGUAGCUUCGUGAGUGAAUUGUGUAUGAAUUAAAGU